GUUCUUCCUUUUCCAUUAGAUGAAAUAGGAUGCAGGGGCUGGAGGCCCCUUGGGACUGGCUGCUCUCCUCUAGGUGUACCAUGGUGAGGGUGGUUCUUCUUGCUCUAUCUCCCCUUGACAUCUGGACCCCUCUCUUUUUGCCCUCACACCUGCCUGCCUCUUGGCAGACUCCCCGUGUGGUCCCCAAGCAGGCCCUUGGCCAGGCAUGGAGUGGAAAACAGGUGUCCUGGCCCAGCUGUUUCUACUCUUCUCCCCCACCUGUCAGCCUGCAGUUGGGGGUGGGGAGUUGAGGAGAAAGGAAGCCUUCACCUGUUCCCAGGGAUAGAUAGGCCUUGCUUGUAAAAAGCCCCUGCGAGCUUCCCCUCAGAGGAAGGAACCCUCUGGGUCAUGCACGGACAGCAAUCAUUGCUGACAAAGAGGGGCCUCUGCCACUUUCUCAUCAGUGAACCCUGUUUGAUGAAGGUGUGUUUCAGUGAGAGUAUAUGUUUGCCCAAGGGUGCUCAGGACCCACAGUCUAGGCACCCAUCCUUACCUAGCCUCUUUCCUUAAAACAGUAACAUAAUCCCCCACAAGAGCCACCUUGCCACCUUCUGUUUAGGGCUUAGAGACGCAGCCACUGCCCAAGGCUCCUUUAAAUCCUUGCUGCUCCUUGAGGUCACAAUACCAGGAGGAUUUGCCUUCCCUGAUUGGAUUGGCCUCUUUCUGGCCUGUCCUGUCUGAGUGUAGGUGGCCCCAGUCUGUGCAGUACCUCCCAUUACUCCUGUGCCAAAAGCCCAGCAAUUAGGGCUCAGCUCUUGGUCUGUUCCUGGAUGCUUGAACAAAAUAUGGUGCCCUAGGAGAAAGCUGCUCUGGCCUAGGGCAUGCUCAGAGCUCCCUAUUGUUUCCAUUUCCCUGGAAGUCUCUCCACUGAGCUAGCUAUCAUCCACUUGUUGCAAUAGCAGGCAUCCCCCAAACCAGCAUGAAUGGUGGCAUGCUCAUCCCAAAGCUUGUCAAGAUGAUCUGUCCUCAAGGCCCAGCUGCGACUUUCACUUCUGUCUCCUGAGACCCCAGGGGGAAGUAGGGUAGGGAGGUGGAAGGUGACACACUUAACGGUCCCAACUGCCCCCACCUCUCCUCAACUAAGGCUUCUGAUGGCCAAGGUCACUAUUCUUGUCUAGAUGACAGCCGUGACAGGAUUGGCUGUGCGAGAAGGAUGGUCUUUAGAUACCAGAAAGGACUUCCCAGAGUAGGCAGACUCAGCGGGGCUUCGGUUCAGAGGGUAUGACUAGUAGCUGGGCAGAUGACAGACUUCCACGUUCUCAAGGGGCUGGUUGUCUGCCCACACCUGUGGUAGGAGCACAGCUCCUUCAUGAUCCCCAUAUCUCCCCAGCUGCCUAUCUUGUUUGUUUAGCUUCUGAGAAGGUGAGCUUGAACCCUAGAGUCUGAUCUGAGUAGGACCCAGUCUUCAAAGUUCUCUCUGUAAUCUAACUCAUGCCCACUGUAUUGGACUCACUCUGCACAGUGGCGAGUGGACCCCAGAAACAGGGUAGGAGCACCCUGCUGCUGCUCUCCCACCUUGAGUCCUGUUCCAGAGGCUCCUAGCUGGGCUGUGCACUGCUGCCUCUCUGUCCCUUUCCCAAGGAUAGGCGCAGCAUGCUGUCAUUGGGCCAUUUGUGCACCGAAGAAGAAGAUGGAGCCAGCUCUGAGGUCCUGAGUGCCACGGUGCUGGUUAGGAGCCUACACUGUGGAGUGGGAAGUUGAGUUUGGAGGAAUAAGGGUGGAGACACUAUGCAAAUCACCAUGCAAAUGAGCAGCAGUGAGUCACGGUUACUUGGCCUGCUAGGCAGCGCCAAAGCAAAGCACAAGCUUGGGUUUCCAAAAUGGACCACUCCAGUGACAGUGACCUUGGGCCAGCCAAGACCAGGACCCUUGGAGGACCCAAAUUCUGAUUCUGAGAGCUGCAACUGUGACCAGGGUGUCCUGCGCUACCUGACAGGAGCAUCAACAGAGUGGCCCAGGGUGACUUCAGACAGCACAUCCCAGGAAGUGCCUGGGGCCUUGUUUGUUCCCCUCUGGCCUCAGGAGGGGCCCUCCUCACCAGCUACCAGUGAAGAGGGCUAGACUACACCCCUUUUUGGAACUACAUGGCUGACUUUCUUCCUGACAAGCAGAGAGCCUGUUCACAGGUGUUCUACAGACCAUGAAAUAGUUCCAGACAUUCAUGAGCAUAGUGUGAGGCUCCUGACCACCACCCAGCAGCCCUUUCCUCUCUGGCACUAAGGACCCCCCAGAGAAGAUGGGGAGGAAAAAGAUUCAGAUCCAGCGAAUCACUGAUGAGCGGAACCGCCAGGUGACGUUCACCAAGCGCAAGUUUGGACUGAUGAAGAAAGCGUACGAGCUGAGCGUGCUGUGUGACUGUGAGAUCGCGCUCAUCAUCUUCAACCACUCCAACAAGCUGUUCCAGUACGCCAGCACCGACAUGGACAAGGUGCUGCUCAAGUACACGGAGUACAACGAGCCGCACGAGAGCCGCACCAACGCUGACAUCAUAGAGACCCUGAGGAAGAAGGGUUUCAACGGCUGUGACAGCCCAGAGCCGGAUGGGGAGGACUCACUGGAGCAGAGCCCCCUGCUGGAGGACAAGUACCGGCGGGCCAGUGAGGAACUGGAUGGGCUCUUCAGGCGCUAUGGGUCAUCUGUUCCGGCCCCCAACUUUGCCAUGCCUGUCACAGUGCCCGUGUCCAAUCAGAGCUCCAUGCAGUUCAGCAAUCCCAGCGGCUCUCUGGUCACUCCUUCCCUGGUGACGUCAUCCCUUACGGACCCACGGCUCCUGUCCCCCCAGCAGCCAGCACUACAGAGAAACAGUGUUUCUCCGGGCCUGCCCCAGCGACCUGCUAGUGCAGGAGCCAUGCUGGGUGGAGACCUCAACAGUGCUAAUGGCGCCUGCCCCAGUCCCGUGGGGAAUGGCUACGUCAGCGCCCGAGCUUCCCCUGGCCUCCUCCCUGUGGCCAAUGGCAACAGCCUAAACAAAGUCAUCCCUGCCAAGUCUCCGCCCCCACCCACCCACAACACCCAGCUUGGAGCCCCCAGCCGCAAGCCUGAUCUGCGGGUCAUCACUUCCCAGGGAGGCAAAGGGUUAAUGCAUCAUUUGACUGAGGACCAUUUAGAUCUGAACAAUGCCCAGCGCCUUGGGGUCUCCCAGUCUACCCACUCGCUUACCACCCCAGUGGUUUCCGUGGCAACACCAAGUUUACUCAGCCAGGGCCUCCCUUUCUCCUCCAUGCCCACUGCCUACAACACAGAUUACCAGCUGUCCAGUGCAGAGCUGUCCUCCUUACCAGCUUUCAGCUCACCUGCCGGACUGGCACUAGGCAAUGUCACCGCCUGGCAACAGCCCCAGCAGCCUCAGCAAGCACAGCCGCCACAGUCACAACCACAUCCGCAGCCACAGCAGCCACAGCAGCCACCUCAGCAACAGCCCCACUUGGUCCCUGUAUCGCUCAGCAACCUCAUCCCAGGCAGCCCCUUGCCCCAUGUGGGUGCUGCUCUCACGGUCACCACCCACCCGCACAUCAGCAUCAAGUCAGAACCAGUGUCCCCAAGCCGUGAGCGCAGCCCUGCACCUCCUCCACCAGCUGUGUUCCCAGCUGCCCGCCCUGAUCCUGGUGAAGGUCUCAGCAGCCCAGCUGGAGGAUCCUAUGAGACCGGGGACCGGGAUGAUGGACGGGGGGACUUUGGGCCCACACUAGGCCUGCUGCGCCCAGCCCCAGAGCCUGAGGCUGAUGGCUCAGCUGUGAAGAGGAUGCGGCUGGAUACUUGGACAUUAAAGUGACGGCUCCCACUCCCUCCUCUCAGCCUCCCUGAUGAAGAGUUGACAAUCUCACCGCCUACCCCUCCCUGUCCUGGGCUCCUCCCGCUCGACCCCCACUUCCUUUCUUCUGCUCCAUGUCCUGUUGAUGGUUACAUUUGUGUAUAAUUAUAUUAUUAUUAUU